UCCGUCCGCGAGCGGUUGUUGCUUACAUUAUUAUUAUUUUACUUAAGUUGAUUAUAAAGUUGAAAUAGCUAAUUUAAUCUUAGGUUUUAAUUAUGUUACCUUCAUCUGUUGCAAAUAUUGUGUAUUGAUUUGUAGAACGUUGUUUAUUUGUUCAGUGAAAAAUUAAAGAGCUAUUUAAAUUAUCCAUUCUUUGUCUGAUAGUUUGCCGUCGAUAACAAUAGAAAGUGAGGAAGAAUUAAGCAAAAAUAAAGGAUUAAAUGGCAUGCUAAUCGACAACGCAGUUUGGAAUUACACAUCAGAACGGCUCAAAGGUGACGAAGGCUCAACAUGACGGUGGAGAAGAGCAAAGGUGCUCAGACCAAGAUGAUCCCGCCCGCGACGCGGAAGGUCGCCCCCGACGGCGGCUGGGCGUGGAUGGUCUGCUUAGGCGUCAGCUUAGUUAAUUUUUCAACGCGUUCACUGGAGCCGUCAUUCGGUCUCCUGUUUAAAGAUCUGCUGGACGAACUAGGCGUCCGGACGACGGGCGCCUCCGUGAUCGCGAGCACGCUCGACUCUGUCGUCAACUUCUCCGGGUUCUUCGUGGGGCCUGUCAUAAAGACCUUCUCCUACAGAAAAGUCUGCAUUGUCGGCUCGACAAUAUGCGCCCUGGGUCUAUUGUUCACCGCCCCGGCGAACAGCAUAGCCCAUAUCUUAGCCACAUACAGCAUUCUAGGGGGAUUCGGUGUAGGGCUUGCGUCAUCGUCGUCCUUCGUGUCCCUGAAUCACUACUUCACCAAGAAGCGAGGCCAGGCCGUCGGCCUCUCCAUGGCCGGCACGGGCUUCGGCCUCAUGGUGAUGCCGCAACUAGUCAAAAUCCUGCUCGAGGAGUACGGGUUUCGGUGGACGGUGGUGAUCCUCGGCGGCCUCGCCUUCCACGCCGUGCUGGGCUCCUGCCUUCUGCAGCCCGUCAAGCGGCAUCUCAAGGAGGAACCGGUUGACUGCGAAAUGCAGACUGUUAAGGAGAUGGAGUGUAUAUUGGAGAGCGACGAGGAGGAGGUGGACAAGUUCGAGAUCAACCCGCUGGUGGCGCACCCCAUGCCGAAGCUGACGACGCAGCGCUCGCACGCCAACAUGAACGCCAACCACCCCUCCGUGCGCACCGUCGGCAUGCCGCGCGCCGCCACCGCCGACAAGCCGCUGCAGGACUUCGACAAGAAGGACAAACUAGGCUUAAGCUUGAACACAUCGCUGUCGGUGGCGGCCAUGCCGCGCGUGACGUCGGCGGCCAACAUGAGCGAGGUGCGCCGGCGCAAGGUGUCCGUCAUCUCGAACAUCUCCAACAUGGACUUCACCGGCAGCUACCUGCAGCUCUAUCUCGAUACAGCUGACGAAGAUGCCAUACAAAUGAAAACUUUUAAAAAAUCAGAGCCAGAAGAGGAGAAAAAGAAAGGCUUCUUAAGAAAGUUCAUAGAUUUAAUGGACUUAGAUUUACUGAAAGACUGGUCGUUUUUGAACCUUUUACUGGGGCUCUCGCUGUUUUGGAGCGGGGAACUGCAGUUUAGAAUGUUGACGCCCUUCUUCAUCAGAGACUUGGGCUACAACAUGGAGGAUACUGCGUUUUGCCUGUCUAUGACCGCCAUCACUGAUAUUUUGGUGCGAUUAAUAUUGCCCCCUAUUUUUGACAGGACAACUAUAUCCAAGAAAAUGAUAUUUUUCGUAUCAGCUUUCUUUUUGGCGGCUACGAGAUCAGUGCUCGCGGAGCAGCGGGAAUGGGUGCCGCUGAUGAUCUGGCUGUCCAUCUGCGGGUUCUUCCGUGGCAUGUGCCUGAGCAACUUCACACUGACCAUCUCCGAGUACUGCCCGCUCGAGAAGCUGCCCGCCGCCUUCGGCCUGCACAUGGUCGGCAAGGGCGUCUUCGUCGUCAUCAUUGGACCUAUUAUUGGUUUCGUCCGCGACUACUCGGGCAGCUUCGCUCUGUGCAUUCACGUGCAGAACGCGUUAAUCAUGUCGUGCGUGGUGGUGUGGGGCGUGGAGUACGCGCUGGCCUUCACGCGCCGCCGCAAGGUCGUGCAGAUCUAGUGUGUCCCGUGUGUCUCUCGUCUGUCGUCGUCUGCACUCUGCUAACCCGGAGGCCAUGCUCGCACGCACCGAGCGUGCGCCGUGUGCCGUGCACCGAGUACCGUGACCGUCCACCGUGUACUCUGACGCCAACCGCCAUACAUUGGUCAAAAGUUGUUUUGUGGCCGUCGUCGGGGUUUAAGGGUGGAUUGUAAAAAAUAAUUAAGUACCGUAAUCAGUGUUAUGUGAAUUGAUCCCGUUGUUUUACGAAAAUUAAGCCGUUAUUAUAAGUUACAUGCGUGUAAGUGUCUUGGCGUAUGCCGUAAAUUUAAAUGUCUAUAAAAUAAGUACAAUACAGUACAAUUUAUAGUUUUCUUUAAAACAAUGGAAUCAAUGAACGUUACACUAAUAACAAUCCUUAACUGUUUUUUAAUUUUCCUUUAUGCGGUCGUUAUAACUAUUUUACUGUACUUUUAUACAAAUCAGUCAGGACGUUUUAAUUUAAUUUAAACGAAUGAAAUUUCCUCUUAGCCGAUCAUGACUUUUUCAAUAUUUUGAUAUUAUUUUCUUGCCUAGUUUAACUUUUAGACGGUCAACCGCGACCACAGUAUGUUUCGGUCGAUGCCAAUUAUAUAAUCGAUGAUAAUAUAUUUAUGUUUUGACGAUUUAUUAAUUAUAUCAAAUUGUGCUACUCGUAGCUUCUCUAGCAGAAUGACAAAGCGAUUAACUGUUUUAGCGUUAAGAUUUUUUUGUUAUGUCGAUACUUUGUAUAAGUAAUUUAGAUUUUAAGUGUUGUUACGGUGCUAGAUUUCAGACACUAUAAUUUUAGUCCCUGAGAGCUAAUAAGUAAAUAUUGAUACUUAGCAUUUGUUGGGGACUAUAAUGCGGUAUAUUACACAGGCUGCGAUCGGAAUGAGGAUAAAAUACACAGACUUACCAUAAAUUUAGGUUAUUAUUAAAUAAAUUAGUAUAUCUUAUUGGCCCUAGAAAUGCUAAACCACGUUUAUCAUUGUAUAGUAUCAGUUCGGUGUAAAUUAUAGAUUUUCUACUUUAAACGGGUAUGGAUAUGGUUGUUAUAAUAGAUCAGUGUUAUUUUUAAUACAAUUUAUCUAAAGCAACAUACUCCAAACUGGUACCCAGCCGAACAGAAACAUUACAAUAAAACCAUGGCAGGGUUUUUGGCAUUUCUGGAAUCACCCAGAACUUAAUAAUUCUUUGGCGAACAUAAGAACUGUAAUUCACGGUGACAGCCAACUUUUCACCUUAUGAUCGCUGCACCCAGUACUAACUGUAAUUAUAUUGACUUGAUUUGUAUGAGUCUGAAAACUUGUUCCUUCCUUAUUAUUCUAUUACUUUCCAGUGAAUAGAAGAUGACUUAUUUUAAAACUGACGCGUGAUCGUGUGAAGAGUGUUACUGAUAGCUAUUACCAGACAAUACAAACAUUGUAACAUAAAAGGAUUCGGAACUUUGACAUAUAUUUUUAUGUUACGUUGUAUGAAAAUGAAUGUAAGACAUACAUUUUCGGUUGGCAGUACUUAAGGACAGUUCCAAUAUUUAUAUAAAUAUUUUAGCAAAACGUUACAUGUCAAAUGGUUCUAACUGAUGUUACAUUUGUGUGCCUGUUUGGUCGGUCGAUCACGUAGCACGUGAUUUUCAUUACAUUGCGGUAUUUGGUUGAUCGACUGAAUUUAUUGUACGCUGUAGGAAGCAGUGUAUAUGUCGUAGUCAGAUCGUAUAAUCUGCCGUAUUACAUUAAGGCUAGCCGUUUUCAAAAACAGGGGCGUUUUGAAAUGCGGCGGUUCGACGAUUAGCCGAAUUGUCAUUGCGAUGCGUUCUUCAAUAAGGCGGCCAACGUGCUAAACGUUGGCCGCCUCGUGCUACUAUUUAAAUUGUACAGUGACCAGUUCUUUCGGUCGCCUACGUAACCGGAGUUUGACAAUGUUUGCAAUUUAAUUUAUUUUUACCAUGGUCCCACCGCACUACAUGUGUUUGUUUUCCAAAACAUUUCCCUCACAA